ACAGCGAACCGGUACGGAUUUACCAUCCCCGAUACGCAAGUCGCACGAGCCCGCUAACGGAACCUGUGUAUUUGCGCGCGCGUGUAUACGCAAAACUCCAGAAAUAAGGAGCAAACGGGCAGAGUUGGACGAACCACUACAAAACCGAAUCAGAUAUACAGUAAAAGUGUGUACGAGCGGAAAAACGAGAGACGUAAAAAAUAAGAAACAAAACAAAAAAUACAGAAGCAACCCACAGCAGCAGUGCAUGGAGUUGAAAAUGGAUAGGAAGAUCAGAAACCAUCAGUAACCGAUUCCGGGCAGAUCGAGAACAACACGAAACUGUUACUUUUUGCCGCUGCUUUGUUCCCCUAGAACAGUGGAAAAUAUAUUUAGGUGUGAAAACAAAGUUUUUUUUUGUGAUAAACUUUCCAAAUCUGAAGUGUUUCUCUCAUUGGAAAUCAUUCAUUCUGGUGGAAAACGUGCGGGUCCCGAAAAGUGUUUGUGUUUACUUUCUCGUCGGCGAAUGAGUGUAUGUGUUCUGUCAAUUAAGCUUCUCUUUUCGGGUAAAAGGCAUUAGAAAUUAAACCCGUAAGUGGUACUGUCGGUGAAUUUGUGCAAUUUCAGAAAAAGGCGGACUUCAUUCCACAAUAGAGGCCAAUGCAGUAGUCGGUGGGUUGUUACUGUUUCUCCGAAAUCCACAGAAGAAAAUCUCCAAAUUGAUAGCUUCCGAGCCGCAUUCGGAAAUGCGGAAGUGAUGACCGUAUAAUUAAACGGUCGGGUGCAGACAAAUGAAUCAAACACAUUGUGACACAUCAAAAUGUACCACGGUUUUUACCGUGCCCAAAAUUUCAAAGUGUUCAGCAAAAGAUAAGAUUUCAAAACGUACUCACGCAAAAGUGAUGUCGCUAAGGUGUGCCCAAACAUAGCAGCAGCGACGAGAAAAACAUACUACAAACACAAACACAUACCGCAACGGCAGCAAGGAAAACAUUAUUUCACUUUCGCCGCGCAGAAAAAAAAAAACCUACAACUCCUUUCCGUACCUAACCGUUUACAUACCGGAACACUUCGAAGAAGAACCGGUGCAACUAUAUUGCUUGUACACAGUCAGCAGCGUUGCAACGCCGAAGUGGAAUAGCGUUUUCCCUUUCCGUGCUCCAACCGUCAGCAGUCUUCGUGGACAACGUGUGUCCGUCCGUCUCUCGUUGCCCGCCCGCCCAUCCCGUUCUCAACUGCAUCGAACCCGUGAGAGACAGCUGAUGAUGGUUCUUUGUUGUUUUGGAUUGAUGCUUUGAACAACAAAGCUUUAAUAAAAUGGGCCAGGAGAAAUCUUUGCCCUCCAGAUGUACCUCCGCACAUGACUACCAUCAUCACCACCAUCAUCAUCACCAUCACCAUCACCACACGAGCUCGUCCACCUCCUCCACGACCUCGUCCGCUGUGCCGUCCCGCUCACCGUCCACCGCUUCGACGACAUCGUCCGCUUCGUCCGCAUCGGCCGCUUCCUCGUACAAAAGCGUCGAGCGGCAGACCAAGUACCUCAACGAGCAUCUGUACAUCAAGUCCUAUCUGGACAUUGAGGAGGAGGACCGCAACGCAAAGCUGCUGUUCCAGAAGGUGCGCCCCGGUGGCAUACGCAACUACACGCCCAAGAUACUGUCCGAAAACCCGAAGCAGGAUUUGGAUGUUUGGAUCUAGCAACGGUUGCAGCUAGUUGCUA